CGGGGGCGUGACCUCGGUGGGCCGGGCCGGGGUGACCGCCCGGGCCUGUCGUGGCCUCGGGGCCUGUAGUUCGUCCACUGCAGGGGGCAACGAGCUUUCCGAGGGCGGAGAGGAAGGCCGAGGGUGGGCCGGACGGGUGUGCUGGACAUGACACAGGGCGCCCAGCCAGGCCAUGGGGUCUCAGCCUUCUGCCUUGGCCCGACCGCCCUCGUACAAGCAAAGGAGAGGAGAGGAUGGGGAGGAUUUGCUGGCCGAUCGCGAGCAGGAGGAGGCCAUCGCUCAGUUCCCAUAUGUGGAGUUCACCGGCAAAGAUAGCAUCACCUGUCUUACGUGUCAAGGAACGGGCUACAUCCCCACAGAGCAAGUCAAUGAAUUGGUGGCCUUGAUCCCCCACAGUGAUCAGAGAUUGCGUCCUCAGAGAACUAAGCAGUAUGUCCUCCUGUCGGUCCUGCUGUGUCUCCUGGCAUCCGGUUUGGUAGUAUUCUUCCUGUUCCCACAUUCAGUCCUUGUGGACGAUGAUGGCAUAAAAGUGGUGAAAGUAACGUUUAACACUCGGGACUCCCUUGUGAUCCUCGCCAUCACGGCCACCCUGAAGAUCAGGAACUCCAACUUCUACCCUGUGGCUGUGACCAGCCUGUCCAGCCAGGUUCAGUACAUGAACACAGUGGUUGGCACGCACGUGACCGCUAAUGCUUCCCUCAUCCCGCCAAGGAGCGAGCAGCUGGUGAAUUUCACAGUGAAGGCUGAGAUGGGAGGACCCUAUUCCUAUGUAUACUUCUUCUGCACAGUUCCGGGUAUCCUGGUACACAACAUAGUGAUCUUCAUGCGGACUUCAGUGAAGAUUUUGUACAUUGGCCUCACGACCCAGAGCUCCCUGGAGACGCAUCACUAUGUGGACUGUGGAGCAAAUUCCACAGUCGUGUAGCACGUGCUGUUGGCCAGCACCUGCUCCAUGGCCCGGCUCUGUGCCGGCCACACACGGCGUGAGUGGAGGAGAAAUCAGUUCUCUUUUAAGUCCCAGCAAACAGCCUCCUGCCACACAGGGGCAGUGGCUCUUGACAACACUAAAUACAUUUCUCACCACCAGCCGGAACACGACCCAGUGCCUAGUUUAUGCUCAGCAAAUAGUCAGAACUCAAUAAAGGUUUGAAGAUUUUAA